GUGGAGGUGGGCGACUAAAUGUCGUGCGUCAUAUAGGGUUACCGUGUUGGCUAAUGGAUUAUUGUGAGGUGGGUUCCAAAAAAAUUUGGAUUUCUUUAAUGGUGGUGAACAAGCGGCUUUGGACUAUUGUAACAAUAAUUCCAAUAGAUCGAAUUGUGGUAAUACUUUAAAACUCAUUAGACGUGUUAAGGUUGUAUGAAGCACUUGACAAGAAUGAAUGAAAAGUAUCAUAGCCAACUUAUUAAAGGAAAUGGAGAAAGUCAAAAAGUUUAGAGGCAAAGUAUAUCUAUGGAGUCAGAUCAAAAUCAAUGAGGACCAGAGGAGUAAAAACAGACGUUGAUCAUUCUCUAGUUCGACCUCCUACACAAUCAAAUAGGAGAGCUGCAGUUGAAAAAAGAAGAAAGAGAAACGAAGAAAUGCAGGCGCAUGAGUUUCAGCAAAAUCCUGUGUUUGAUGAAGAACAUGAUCAACAACCGCAACAAGAUGAUGUGUUUGAUGAUGAACAUGAUCAACAGCACCAGUUUGAUGAUGAACAUGGUCAUCAUCACCAACCUAAAGAACUCAUGUUUCCUGGAGGUCCUUAUGAUCUUUCUGUCCUUAAGGAUUAUGAGCACCAUAUGACAAUAAAUGUGUGGAAUGGAUAUGAUAGUAAAUAAUUUAUUUUAUAUAUUAUAAUAUUUAAUAUAUUUGUAGUAUAGGUUAUUACAAAGUUGAUUUUAGA